UUAUUGUAUCACAAACAAGACAACACAAUACGAAGCAACUAUUUUGACCUUCUUCAUUGAAGCAUUGACAAAAGAACGACAUUAGAUUCGUUUUGAUUGCCGUAUGGCUGUUUGGAAUCGUCCUAUUUUUCCGAUGUGUCCCGUCGAAGAAUGAGAAACUAGCCUUGUCAUGGGCAUUAUUCAUUAAACCGCAACAACACUACAGCGUUAUCCGCCACAUGGGCCAUUUGAGCUGUGAAGAGUCACAACGAGAUGAAAGAAUCAUAUGAUUUUUCGAGAAGAAGGCUUGUCAGUCUUGCUCCCAUCACCGAGGUUCACGACCUUGUUUUGGAUGAACUCGCCCAUAUUGCUCCGACCAAGUACUUGCUCCUCUCGAGAUAUCACUACAAUCGCAUACUUCCGUCUCUCUACGAAAACUUUACCAUCCCAUAUCACUAUGAAAAGGCUCUGGCUGGUACCAAGCCAUUCACAGCCACCAAGAUCCAAGCACUUUCGCAUGUGAAGCGGCUUUACAUUGCCAUCGGUCCCGAUGCGAAGUGGCAAAUCCCCGAAGGGGAGAGAGAGAGUUUGCCUUCAUUUCGGCGAGUGUUGACCAACUUUGUGCGGAAGCAUCGACCGGUGUUCCCUCAGUUGGAGGAGAUUAGUUUUCCGGAGAACUUGGGAUACCCGCCUUUUGACGAUUCUUGUGAUCAUAACUUUUGGGAUAUCAUGUUUUCAUCCAUCCCCUCCUCCUGUCGAGUGUCCAUUCAUUUUGUCAAGCCUGAUGAAGAGGAAAUCUCAGGGAAUGGCGAGAGAAGCAAGCUUCAACUGCUAUAUAACAUUGCUUCGCGAAAUUUGUCUCUCUAUAUUCAUCGUCGCCAAGACGGUGCGACAACUCUGAAUCGUAUCAUUACAUGGACGAUCAAGGGUAAAUCUCAUCCUGCCCUUGACUACCACAUCCUCAACGCAAACCUGGAAGAUCUGAGUUCUCCUAUUCACGGGAAAAAGGAUAAGAACGGCACACUCAGGGUCGCUGCGCCAACAACGGAGAGCCUGAGAAAUAGGCUACACGAUAAUUUGGAGUUAUGGCAGGAGGACAUGUACAAGAUGAUGUUUGCGGAUACGUCGGAGUGGAAUUAUAAAGAGAGAUACCAAGUGGGCGUUAUGCUAUGUGAUAGCGCCAGCUCAGUAAAAUCUCUGAGGUAUGAAGAUGUCUAACAUCACUUUUAAUUAUUAUUCCAACAAGUACGAUAAUCAGCGCUCCAAAAGCAAUAACCAGGUACCAUCCCAACUUUAUCCGCUCAAUGUGCAUCUUCUGCACCCUUUGUUGCGGCUCCUGGAUUUCUAUUUCUGUGUUUCCAGUACACUCCCUCUCUAUUGCGCCUUCUUCCGCCUCGGGUGCUCUCUGCUCCUCGUCGGUAUUCAAUCCCAUCAGUGACUCGUGCUCCUCUUCCCUUCGCCCUGGCACGCUCAAUGCUUCUGCCUCAGUUUGGUUGGCAUGCUGCCCGUGCGCAUUCAGGGUAACGUCGGGCACCUGCCCAUUAACGCCAAUACUUUCCAGUCGCACCUCACGCACCCCUUCUUCCAGCUCUCCCAAUCUUCUUUCUUGCCAUUCUGCAUCUUCUUUCCCUUGCAAGAACAAAAGGUAGAUGCGAAGGAUGAAAAUAGGCAGGCACUGGUCUACAAGAAUCACUUGGUUAUUGCUGGUCGUACUAAAAUGCCUGUGAGCAGAGAAUCGAAUGUUAAUGAAUCGAUGUGUAGAUCCUCAUCGUGAUACUCAAAUUCCCCUUGGACAAAGCGUUCAACCUGAUGGACAUGCGGUUUCUCAUCCUGUAAAGUGAUGAGUUUAGCUGGAGUGCAGACUGAAAAUAGGGAUACGUUCACCUCGUAUAUCCUUGUAUAUGCAAGCAUAGUGCCCGAGAAGAU